AUGAGUGCUCCACUAAUUCCAAACAAGUCAUGUUAUUCCCAGCUUCAUGACAACCGCAGUGAAAUAAGAAACAACAAUGAAAGUAUAGUGAAUGUUGGGGAUACCAAUGCCAACCAAAUUGUAACAAAAGUUAGAACCACUGAAGGGGAUGUUAAGAAACAUGAUGUGACAGAUGAGAGUGGGAAUAUAUACUCUGGAGGAACAGAGAAAGUGACUCAUCUGCCUACAGAGCAGAAUAAACUUCUGACCUUCAAAGACUCUCGAACCUGUCACACCAGUGCACAGGAAAGUAAGCUGCCCUCCACCACAAGCAGGGAAAUGGGGAAAGAUUGCAGGACCAGCGAAGCUAAGGAUAUAUCAAGGCAUAUCAGGAUUAGCCGAGGACAAAGUCUGUCCAAUUUAAAAAGUAGCACAAAUGAUGCCAACCUGGAGGUUGUCUCCAAAGGUAAUAUUGACUUCACACAGAACUUUCCUAAGGGAAAAACGUCCAGGACUGUGGAGGUGGAGAGAAUAAAAAGGCUUUCUUUGGGAAGACCAAGUAAAUUUUCUCCUCAGCCUGAAACAUUUGCAAAAGACGGCGUUGGUCGCGUGUCGUGCAAACGUCUGCUUUCUGCAUCGUUGGACUCCAUCGACAGGUCUCACCACUUGGUAGGAAGUACAGAGAAAUCCCAGAAAACAUCCACGGAUCAUUUUCUUGGGAUGGUGUUUUGUCCACUUGACAAUACCUCAGAGGAAAGGACUGUAUUUUAUUCCACACCAUCUACCUCAGGGAACAAGAAAACAAGUAAACCAGAAAAUGUACCAAAUGUUAGCAUUGAAAGCACACUGCAUGCUUCUCAUUCUCAACAUUCAGCUGUUAAGCUCAAUGAGGUUGCUAGUAAAUCAGAAGCACAAUUAGGUCAGGGUGAUAAAAGUAAAAAACUGGAGCUUAGGACUGCACCAUCUCUACAAUAUAAAAAUACGUGUCAACAAAAGAUAGAGAGAAUUAUGCUGGUAGAGUUCCUGGGGUGUCCAAGAGCUGAAAAUACAGCAGUGCAGGAACAGAAAAGCUCUGGGUCUGACAUGUCAAAAUUUCAAGUAUCCCAUUUUCACAACACCUGUAAUAGAGUAGAGGACCCAUUGUCAAGCCAGGUAGUAACUCAUCCUGAUGAUAAAUUGCAAAAUGAUAACAUUGCCAUCAGUAGGGAAGGAAGAGGAAGCAAUGACAGUGACAGCAGGGCAACCAGCCAGGCUGGUGAGGAAUGUUUUACUGAUGAGGAAAUGGAAACAAUAUUUCCACUCACCUGCAAUAGUAAAUCCAGCGUCAAAGUGACACCAAGAAAAAACAAAAAUUUGCAUGAAGUUGACACAGGUUGUGCUGAAACAGUUGGUGAACAGAUAUCUUCUGUACAUGAUAUUAAUCCACCUGACAGCAAACCCUUGGAAGUUAAUGAGAAUAAACUGAUGCUAGUCAAAGAAAGCACUGAGGAUGCUGUUGUGCCUGCCUCUGAUCCCUCAGAUCAUCACAGAGCACGCAGUGCAGAGACAGUGUCAAACCAACAACCUGACAGUCACAGCAGUGAUGUGGAAACCUCAAAUGUUUCUGUUUCAAGUAAAGAAACAGCUAAUGUAGAGAAACAUCCUCUAGAGGAAGCACCAGAGAGCGGUAACAUUCCAGCAAAGGCUGAUGUCUUUUUAUGUGUCCCAACUCCUGUGCGCCCAAUGGCAACGCCGGAUGUUAAUGGUCAGCCCACACUAUCAAACAGUAAUUUGAAGGACCUUUAUGCACUUCAUGAUGGCAAAUUAUCACCCUCCUCAGUCCUACCUCCCAUUGACAGCACACAGUUGUUAAACUUAUCCCCUAAAGUGCCUAUCAAGACUGCUUGCAGCAGCGCCAUCCCAAAACCUAUCCUGGUCCACCCCAAGGGCUCCCUCACAGAUAAGGCUGGUGUGGACAGUGACUGCAGUGAAAAGCUGGAAGAAGGCGUUGAGAUAAAACCUGCCAUCCCCCGGCCUAAGCCUGUGAGACCUAAAAUCAUCACGUACAUUAGGAGAAACCCUCGUUCCAUAGAGCAGCUGGAUCCUUUGUUCGCGCCGGCAGGGCUGCCCUUCGACGGCCCCGCGUGCAGCGUGCCCGUCCCUGCGGAACAGAAGGCGUCCAACGGAGGGGAAGCGAAGCCCGCCAGUGUCCUGUAUGACAAAUUUAAACCUGACCUCCAGAAGCCAAGGCUCUUUGGUUCUGGACUAGUAGUGUCAGGAAUUAGGCCCCCAGGUCAUCACUUGGGUCCGAUGGGCGAGAAGUUUCUGCAGGAGGUUGGGGAAAGGCCUGCAAAAGAUGAAUUUUGCCCUCCACCGUACACCCACUAUGAGGUGCCACCAAGCUUUUAUCGAUCUGCCAUGAUCCUGAAGCCACAGCUAGGGCUGGGUGCAGUGUCCAGGUUGCCAUCUGCCAAGAGCAGGAUUCUCAUUGCGAGUCAAAGAUCCUCAGGGAGUUGUCUCCAUCAGCAAGGAGAAAUAACAAGUGCUCCCAGCCUCUACCAUCCUGAUGCUUCAGUUGAUCUUAAGAAAGGAUCAUGUCCAAGUGCUGCAAAAUCAAAUCUCCCCAAGCCCUGCCCGUCUGGACUUCGUCCCCCAGGUUAUUCACGGUUGCCAGCAGCUAAGCUGGCUGCAUUUGGGUUUGUCAGGAGCUCGAGCGUGUCCUCUGUCUCCAGCAACCAGUCGAACGACAGCGCUCAGAGUGACCAGAGCAGGACAACUAACCGUUCCAGCUUUGGAAAUGAAGAGCAGACCACCCCCAGGGCACCUGCACCUUCCAAGGAUGCUCCCAAGGGGAGCAGCAAAAGCACGACACAGGUAUCGAGCAGCACAGCAACACCACGCAGGAGCUUACUGCCAGCACCAAAAACUGCCACAGCACCCGCUGGUGUGAAGAAAGAAGUGCAAAAAGAUCAGGAUGCCAGCAGACCAGCUGUCUCAUCCCCUAAGAAAUCAGCAGUAACAGCCACAAAACUCCAUUCGCCAGGACAUCCCAAGCAAAGGCCAACCACCCCAAAGAAUGGAUUCUCCCCCAAACCAGGAGAGGGGCGAGACACUGAAAAGCAGUUUAUUCAGAAACUGAAGGAAAAGUGUGAUGAGCAGUCCCGGCAAUUAAUCAAUAUCCAAGAUGAGCUUAAAAGGGCCAGCUGUGGCUUUGAUGUCUUUGCUAUAACAACACAGUACUUUUUCAGGCAGAAUGAAAAUGCCCUUGUGAAAAUAAAGGAGUUAGGAGUCGAGCUUGCAAAGAUCAGGGAGGAAGUUGACCUCAACACGGCGAGAUGGAAGAAGCUGCUGAGCGAGAAGGAGGAGCUGGAGAGGCGCUUCGAGGAGGAGGGGAAGCAGCUCCGCAGGCAGCAGCAGGAGGAGAUGCAGGCAUUGGAGCAGCGGCUGCAGGAGGAGUACAAAGCCAAGAAGGAGAGCCUGCAGGAGCAGCACAGGCUGCAGCUGGAACAAACCAAAUUGCAGCAUCAGGACCAGGUGGAAGAUCUCACGGCUGUACAUGAAGCUGCAAUGUCACAGCUGGAGAAUAACCACAUAGUGGCCAUUACAGUACUGCAGGAUGAGAAUGACUGCAAGAUUCAAGAACUGAAUACUGCUCACAAACUGGAAAAGGCACAACUAGAGGAGACAUUUGAAAAGCUGCGUCUGUCGCUCCAGGACCAGAUAGACACCCUCACCUUCCAGAAUCAAUCUCUUAAGGCCAAAGCAGACCGGUUUGAAGAGGCUCUGAAGAAAAACACUGAGGAACAGCUGAAGAUUGUGCGAGCUCCGUAUCUACACUUAGAAAAAGAUUUGAAGAGCUUAAAACAUGUUCUGGAAAUGAAGAACCUCCAGAUUCACCAGCAGGAGAAGAUGAUUAUGGAGCUAGAAAAACAGGUUGAAAAAAAUUUAAAACUGGAAGAAAAAAUCACCAUGCUGCAACAGCAGAACGAAGAACUCAGAGCCAGGAUUGAGCAAAAUACUGUCAUAACAAGGCAACUCUCAGAGGAGAAUGCAAAUCUUCAAGAAUACGUUGAGAAAGAAGUGGAGGAGAAGAAGAAGCUCAGCAGGACUAACGAGGAGCUGCUCUGGAAGCUGCAGGAGGGAGAUGCCGUGAGCCCCGUCAAACUCCCGCCCGCAGCAUCCACUCCUUUUUAUCGCUGCUCAUCAGGGAACUCCUCUCCAGCAAAAGUCAGAACCUUGAGGCGAUGA